CCAACGCGCCGCCUAGACAACCACCCCCUCAAUCAAUUCAUCCAUAUCGCCGUGGUCUGUUCGCAAUAUCGCACAUCAGGCAGAGAAUGCCUGGUGAGCUUUUGCCCACAAUGGCUGCUCCCAUUCUUUCCAAGGCGAAGCCAUCCCAGGGAAAGCCGGACCUGUACCUAAUAGUAAGCAAAAAUUGUUGGAAUCCACGCAACGAUCGCUAACCAAACCCCCAGUCUGAAGAAGAUACAAUAUACGAACAGGAUAUACUUCGAGACCCUGGGACCGUCAAGCCAUGGCUGGCAUAUAUCGAAUUCAAGAUUCAACAUGGCAGUCUGCACGAACAAGCCUACGUCCUCGAAAGAGCUUGCCGGCAACUUCCACGAUCAUACAAAUUAUGGAAGAUGGUAAGAUUUGUUUAUCUAGGCAACGGCACAAUUACUAAUUAUUUGUAGUAUUUGACUCUUAGGAUGAAGCACUUGGGAAAGUUGAAUCCAGCCAUUUUUGCUUCUGAAUAUGCCAAAGUCAACUCACUUUUCGAACGAGCAUUGAUUCUACUAAAUAAAAUGCCCCGGAUAUGGGAAAUGUAUCUUUCAUUCCUUUUGCUUCAGCCGAUUGUCACCCUUACGCGACGUACCUUUGACCGAGCUCUCCGGGCACUGCCAAUAACCCAACACAAUCGAAUCUGGGCGCUUUAUCGACCGUUUGCCAACUCGGCCUCCGGCCAGACUGCCAUCAUAAUUUGGAGAAGAUACAUGCAAAUUCAUCCCGAGGACGCGGAGGACUUUAUCGAAUUGUUGAUAGAAAAUGGGCGCUAUACUGAAGCUGUUAAGAAGUAUAUGGAAAUUUUGAACAACCCAAAAUUCCGAAGCAAGAAUGGAAAGGGCCACUAUCAACUCUGGAGCGAAAUGGUGGAUCUUUUGGUGGAGCAUGCGCAGGAAGUCGAGACGACUGAUGAAUCCGGCAUCGACGUAGACCGAAUUAUUCGAAGUGGAAUCGAAAGGUUUGCAGAUCAGAGGGGGAAACUUUGGUCCGGCCUUGCGACGUAUUGGAUUACUCGAGGGAGCUUUGAACGAGCCAGAGAUAUUUUCGAGGAAGGCAUUACAACAGUUAUGACCGUACGGGACUUCACCCUUAUUUUUGAUUCAUACGUCGAAUUUGAGGAGGCUAUCACUGGUCAACUGAUGGAGGAGGCCGCCACGAGAUCCGAAAAGGGGGUCUUGGACGAAAAUGCCGAUUUCGAUCUGGAUAUUCGAAUGAUGAGAUUUGAACAGUUGAUGGACCGAAGACCAUUUUUAAUCAACGAUGUUCUGCUUCGACAAAACCCGAAUAACGUCUCGGAGUGGAACGUCCGAAUUGGAUUAUGGGGCGAUAACAAGCAAGAAGUUGUUAAGACGUACACGGAUGCAAUCGCAGCAGUCCAACCAAAGAAGGCAGUCGGCCGGUUCCAUGAGCUGUGGGCGAAUUGUGCCAAAUUCUACGAAAAGGGUGGUGAUUUGAGAAACGCCAGAGUGAUCAUGGAAAAGGCAGUGAAGGUCCCAUUCAAAUCGGUAGCUGAGCUAGCUGAUAUGUGGCUGGAAUGGGCUGAAAUGGAGCUCAGAAAUGACAACUUCGAAGAGGCUAUGAAAAUCAUGGCAAAGGCAGUCCAAGCCCCAAAACGAUCGACGGUCGACUAUUUCGACGAGACACUUUCACCCCAACAGCGAGUACACAAGAGUUGGAAGCUGUGGAGUUUCUACGUGGACUUGGUUGAAAGUGUAAGUACACUUGAUGAGACGAAAAAGAUAUACGAAAGGAUAUUUGAACUUCGGAUCGCAACACCGCAAACUGUGGUCAAUUACGCCAACCUCCUGGAAGAGAAUCAGUACUUUGAGGAGUCUUUCAAAAUCUAUGAACGGGGCCUUGAUCUGUUUAGCUACCCUGUCGCCUUUGAGCUUUGGAAUUUAUAUCUCACUAAGGCCGUGGAUCGCAAAAUCGGCAUCGAGCGUCUUCGUGAUCUGUUCGAGCAAUCCGUCGAAGGCUGUCCACCUAAGUUCGCCAAGGUUUUAUACCUCAUGUAUGGGAAUUUGGAAGAAGAACGAGGUCUUGCUCGCCAUGCAAUGCGAAUUUACGAAAGAGCCACACGUGCAGUCUCGGACGAGGAUCGCGCGGAUAUGUUCAACUUUUACAUCACCAAGUCCGCCUCCAACUUUGGCCUCCCAUCCACUCGACCUAUUUACGAGCGUGCCAUUGCCGCUCUUCCUGAUAAGGAUGCUCGCGACAUGUGUCUUAAAUUCGCCGAUAUGGAGAAGCGACUGGGUGAAAUUGAUAGGGCCAGAGCAAUAUAUGGUCAUGCUUCUCAGUUUUGCGACCCUCGGACAAGCCCAGCCUUCUGGACUAAAUGGGAACAAUUCGAAGUACAGCACGGAAAUGAGGAUACCUUCAAGGAAAUGUUGCGUAUCAAGAGAAGUGUACAGGCACAGUACAAUACCGAUGUCAAUUUCAUCGCUAGCCAAGCGCUUGCAAGAGCGAAAGAAGUGGCCGCUGGAGGAGAGAACGGAGAAGAAGACGACGAAGCGGAUGCCAUGGCUGCUUUGGAACGUGAGGCCCGCGCUCCGGUUGGUUUUGUCGCAGCAAGCACAGGACCCCAGAAGGGCAACAUCGAAGCUACGGUAGUGGAAGCAAAUCCUGAUGCAAUCGACGUCGAUGGAUCGGACGUAGACUAAAUAAGGAAUUAUCUGCACAACCACCUACCCAUUACCAGCAAAAAACGCAAGUGGCUCGAAUUGCGGGGCCGACACAAAAAGAGCGCAAAAAGUAUGAAGACGCAAACAAUCAGUAAGAUAAGAUAGUGCAGUGCAUAAAUUAGGAGUUAGUUUUUUUUCUUUGUUUGGAAACCACUUCGCAUAUAUGGGACGGGAAUGCUUGGACGGGUGUGUUUUUUUUCAGUUGAGUCUUUUCUCACAACAUCGGAAAUAAUUUCGUGUAUGGGCAAUUUUUGGUUGGCGUUUAUGGGUAUUACCCGAGGCACAAACAGAGUCUGGAGGGGAGGGACUUUUUAGGAAGUUGGUGGCAGGUGGAUGAUUCAAUCAAAGAUUUUACGCCGAUAUUCAAAAGGCGUAAGCCUGGCAUGCGUGAUUAUAUUUAUUCUGUAUAGUGUGUAAAUAUAUCAAAAUCUUAACGCGAC